ACGAAGAGGGCGUGGUCUGGGACGGUGGAUGAUGUUGCGGCGGCGGUGGCGGCGACGGCAGUUAGUGGGGAUUCUAGUGCUGGUACUGGUGUUGAUUCAAGCCAUAGAUAUCACAUACAGCUACUGGGACGGCUCCGGACACCGCAAGCAGGCGCGGUGCCGGAAGGGCGACACCAUUGCACAGUUUCUUGAUAAAUGCAAGGCGCAGGUCUCCGAGCUGCGGUCUGCAACUGUCGACGGCCUGGUGUAUGUCAAGGAGGACCUGAUUAUCCCGCAUCAUUACUCGUUUUAUGACUUUAUCGUUAAUAAGGCGAGGGGCAAAUCUGGCCCGUUGUUCAGUUUUGAUGUCCACGAUGAUGUGCGGUUGACGCAUGAUGCGACAGUUGAGAAAGACGAUUCGCAUGCAGGAAAGGUGUGCGAGAGGGCGUGGUACGAGAGGAACAAGCAUAUUUUCCCGGCAAACCGCUGGGAAACAUUCGAUCCCGAGAAGAACUAUGGAUCAUACACGAUCCGCGACACCAAGCAAGGCUCAUUGAAAAAGUAAAG